UAUUGCGUUAUUCCUUCCCGAACUAACAUCACGUUAUUACUUAUGACUAAUUACGUUAUCGCCGGGGUCAUCGGUCCGAUGCGACCGUGACGGAUUCCGACGACAAAACCGUCAUUGCGAUCGUCCGCCCCCUCGUCUGCGGAUCCCGCGACGUUGAGAUAACGUCAGUGGCGGCGAACGUUAUCAACGCAAAGCGCAACAACAAACAGGCAAUAGAACAAUAGUGACCAUACAUUUCCAUAACUGUUACGGUCAUAUUCGUAGCAAAUCAUCAUUUUUUAUUAUCACCAUCGUUACUGUUAUGUUAAUUGGGGAAUGCAUUGUGCGAUAUAGAAUUAAUAAUUGUUCGUCGGAUUAUACAACGCCCGCGCCCACACACGCACACGCACGGCGACGACCAAUUGGAUCGACUUUCGUGGUUCGUUUGUGUAUAUUGUAAGCUUUUGAUACUCCUCCGCCGCUUCAUCGACUAGAAAUUAAUUGUUUACACGCACUCGUAAUUGCGCCGUUGUUGUUUCCGCAUUUAUUGGAGACUCGGACCGGGCAGUCGAUGGCCAAAUUGUUUUGAUAUCCGCGUCCUCGCAGACCACCGCCGGACCCGCCUCCGCCACUGAUCGAUCUCUGCGUGUGAGCUCCCCCUUCGUUUGGCGUGCGUGCAUUUUUUUAGCCGCCGACGCAGGACAAGCCUUCGUGGUUCCACAGCGGGGAGAAAGCUAUAAGAAGAAGAAUCGUACGUCAUUUUGGUCCAUGGAAUUUGUGGUCCGCUAAAAAUAAGCACUUGGGGAGGACACAAUAUAGCUACUAAGCCACACCACCUCAAUGGCGUCAACAGCUAACAUCAUGAUUGAACCCAUGAUGUCUUAAGUUGGCGAGCAAGUGCAGUAGCCUAAAGCUUUUUAUCAUCAGUUCAGUAGCAUCUACGCACAUCUCCUACACUACGAUCAUUACUCCUAGGAUGAAGGUUUUAGUGUUGUAUGAUUUUGUGGGUGAACCCGGUUCAUCAGAACUAUCAGUGACUGCUGGUGAGACAYUGGUGGUAAGCCGACAGGAUGUUGGUGAAGGCUGGUGGGAAGGAACAAAUGCAUCUGGCCGCACAGGCUUGUUUCCAGCAGCAUAUGUYGAGGAAAUUAAAACCAAAGCAGUUAACAGAACAGAUGAAAGUAAACCACCACCAACUUUACCACCGCCACCRUUACCGCCAUCAACAGAUCCAUGGGAAGUUGAUGAUCAGCAAAAUGAAUUUUAUUCACAAGUUCCUGGUAGUCACAAUCAGCAACAAAAUGCAUAUUCAAAUCAACAGUCACCUGAUGAUUAUUAUGAUGAUGAAUGGGAUGACGAUUCUGAAUAUGGUGGUGGCAGUACCGUGGCUUCUUCUGCUGUUAUACCUCCAACUAUUCAGUAUCCAGGUAUAGGAACAAAGACAACAUCGUCAAGAAAAACUACAGGCAAGACAGCUGCAACAACUGGUAGUAGCAGUUCUAGGUUUUCUAAGUUAGUAGGUGGUGGUGACGCAUCAUAUAUAAUGGGUGCCAUCCAGCCGCCCAUCCACUUACCCGAUACAGAAAACAUAACAAUUGUUGUACGUGGUGGUACUGGUGGUGGUCCUAUGGCAGUGGAUGUUGAAUGGUGCCGAGACCCUGAUGAUGAACCACAGGGAUACCAGUGUGUGGUGGCAUCUCCAAAGAAGGAAUCUAAACUCAAAGGCUUGAAAUCAUUUAUUGCAUACCAAUUAACUCCAACGUUUAACAAUAUUCAAGUAUCCAGGAGGUACAAGCACUUUGACUGGUUACAUGAACGGUUGUUGGAAAAAUACUGCUGUCUAGUGCCAAUACCACCAUUACCAGAUAAACAAAUUUCAGGUCGGUAUGAAGAACAAUUCAUUGAACGACGUAAACAGCAAUUACAGGCGUUCGUAGAUGCAGUUUGCCGACAUCCCGUACUGUCACGAGGUUGGGUAUGGCGGCACCACUUCAUCACAUGUACAGACGAGAAACGCUGGAAGACGGGAAAGCGGAAGGCUGAAUCACGGAACACUAGUGCUGAGACGCUCACUGGGGCCAAUGUAUUUUUUGUAAUUAGAGUAGUGUCUGCAGAUGGUAGUAGUGACCCCCCUCCACCUAUCAACCCAGCAAUUUUAGACCGUGAAGUAGACGGCUUUCAGAGAUUCGUGGGCGGAUUAGAGGGAGCGUUAAAAAAUAUGGCACAGACGGUUGCAGAACAAUCAAAACGUAUGCAAACAUGUUAUAAACGUGAUGCUCAACGAUUAGGCCAGUCAUUUUAUAUGCUGGGUCAUGCAUAUAGUGGAGCAUCAACUUCAUCAAUAGGAGACACUAGUGGUAAUGGAAACGUGAUAAGUCUAACUACUCGGCAGCUGAUGACUGCAUUGAAGAAAACUGGUGAUGUGUACAAUGAAAUGGGUGGACGGCUGAUGGACGAGCUACCCGUUGUAGGAUGGGACUCAUUUGCUGAUAUGCUACAUGUGUACCGUGGUGUUGCAGGCGCAUUCCCUGAUAUACUAGCUGUACACAAGAGUGCAGUGCAAAAACGGAAAGAAUGUGAACGACUGUAUUCGGAAGGUUUACCAAUUGGUGGCAGUGGUAGUGAAGGAACUGGAGGAUCUGGUGGUGGAGCAUCGUUAUCUGGUUCUGGCGGUGGUGGAGCUGUAGCAGUUGCAGACCCAGAACAACAGCGACGGCUGCUGCGCGAGAUGCAACGUCGUACCGACAUAGUGUCAUAUGCUUUAUUAGCAGAGAUAAAUCAAUUUCAUCGAGAUCACGUACUUGGCCAAAUGUCUGGCCAUGUUCGUCAGCUUUUACGCAACCAAAUAGAAUAUUACAGAAAAAUUGCUGACAAUUUAGAAAACGUUUUACACAUGUACCCUGAUAAUGGUGAUGAAGACUCUAUAGGAAUAGAUCAUCAUUAUGAGCAACAACAUUACAAUCAAGGAAUAAUUGAUGAUAAUGCCUCUUAUCAACAUCAAUAUUAUUCUAAUCAGUAGUUAUUUAUUGAAAUGGGUAGCAUAAAAUAUGGUAUAUAACUAGAAUGCA